UCCAGUCUUUUCUCCUCCUCACUGAAGCAGCUCAGCUCGCCUCGGAUCUGCUGACGUGUCGGCAGCGGCUCUCCGAUCAACAGCUGCCAGCAUGGCUGCACGAAAUGCAUAUUUUUAUUAUGUUUUUACGCUUGUUCUUUACGCAUGUUUUCAUAGAAGCAGCGCGGACCGGCGCUUCUCCGACCUGAAGCGAUGCGCGGAUGAUGAAUGUAGCAUGCUUCUCGGCAGAGGGAAGGCCGCUAAAGAUUUCACGGGGCCGGAUUGUCGGUUUCUCUCUUUCAAGAAAGGAGAGACGAUAUAUGUAUAUUAUAAACUCUCAGGGCAGAGGUCAGACUUGUGGGCUGGAAGUGUUGGAAACCACUUUGGUUAUUUCCCAAAGGACUAUCUUAAUAUAAAUCAUGUAUAUACUGAAAAUGAAAUUGAGGUGCCUACAGAGGAAACAGAUUUUGUUUGCUUUGAGACGGGCCUUGAUAAAUUUGAAAGCUAUGAUAUAGAUGUGCUGUUGGGCAGCACGCUUUUGAUAGAAAUCGAGAAUUCAACAGAGGAAUCAAAAGAACCAGCUCAGAAUGAAGAUGCAUCUCAACUGUCUUCUGAAACGGAGGCAGAAUCAGUGGAGCUUCUUGAAUCAGAGACAGUCGAUUCAGAAUCAGCAUUGCCUGUUGAAUCGGAGUCAGUUGAUUCAGAAUCAACAUCACUUCUUGAAGCAGAAUCAGUAGGUUCGAAAUCAACAUCGCCUGUUGAAUCAGAGUCAGCAGAUUCAGAAUCAGCAUUGCCUGUUGAAUCCGAGUCAGUCGAUUUAGAAUCAACAUCACCUCUUGAAUCAGAGUCAGUCGAUUUAGAAUCACCAUCACCUCUUGAAUCAGAGUCAGUCGAUUUAGAAUCACCAUCACCUCUUGAAUCAGAGUCAGUCAAUUCAGAAUCACCAUCACCUCUUGAAUCAGAGUCAGUCAAUUCAGAAUCAACAUUGCCUGUUGAAUCAGAGUCAGCAGAUUCAGAAUCAGCAUUGCCUGUUGAAUCAGAGUCAGAAGAUUCAAAAUCAACAUUGCCUGUUGAAUCCGAGUCAGUCGAUUUAGAAUCACCAUCACCUCUUGAAUCAGAGUCAGUCAAUUCAGAAUCAACAUUGCCUGUUGAAUCAGAGUCAGUAGAUUCAGAAUCAACAUUGCCUGUUGAAUCCGAGUCAGAAGAUUCAGAAUCACCAUCACCUCUUGAAUCAGAGUCAGUCAAUUCAGAAUCAACAUUGCCUGUUGAAUCAGAGUCAGUCGAUUCAGAAUCAACAUUGACUGUUGAAUCCGAGUCAGUCGAUUUAGAAUCAUCAUCACCUCUUGAAUCAGAAUCAGUCGAUUUAGAAUCACCAUCACCUCUUGAAUCAGAGUCAGUAGAUUCAGAAUCAACAUUGCCUAUUGAAUCAAAGUCAGUCAAUUCAGAUUCUGUAAAAGCUCCUGAAACAGAGACAUUACAUUCAAAAUCUACUGAAGAGGACUCUGAUAUCUUUCAGCCAAAGACUGAAGAUGUCUCAUCAAAACCAACAUUGGAAACUAAAGAUGCAGUAAAAGAAGAGAUGGAAGAUAUUUCAAUAAGCCAAGAUGCUGAUGUCACUUUAGAAGAUGUAGAUACUGAUUAUUCUGAGCUUUUGCACAACCAAAGUGACUCUGAUUUCGAGCCUCGGGAGAGCUCACAACUAACACUUGAAACACAAACAGCAGGUUUAGAUGCAGUACAUGAAGAAUCUGCCAAAACAGAGCUAAACGAUAAAGAUAUACCACUACAAACACCAGAGAAAACACUUGAGGAUGAAAACAGCCAGUCGAUUUUGAAGGAUACUUUCAAAACGGAGCGUGAAGGUGAAUCGCAAGUGACCAAAUCCCUCACCAAAGAAUCAGUUGCUGAUGUCAAAGAAGAAGCUGCACAAAGUGAUGCUGAUGUCAAACUCCCAACACUUUCUCAUCUGCCACCAGACGCUGAAAUCGCUUCAGAUGCACGUGAAGUCGUCCCAUCUGAACCGCCGUUAAAUGUAGACCAGAUUAAUGUAAGUGAAAACACUGAAGAACACGAUCCAAAGAAGUUGGACACAAAAGAAAUGGAAAACCUUCAGAAGGCCAGCAUGAACAAGAAUGAAAACGCAAACAAAAACACUGCAGAUGACGAUCCUCAGAAUUCACUUACAAACAAGAUCGAAAAAGCGAAUGAAUCCAUUGAUGAACCGGAGAAGGUAAAUGCAACCAAAAGUGGGGAAUUUGUUUCAGAAAGCCAAGAAACUGCACCUAUACUUGACGAAACAGACGAACAGAUUGAUAAAGUGAAGAACGAACUCGUGAAUCUACUGAAAAACACACUGGAAUCGGAAGAACAAAGUCUUGAAGAUGAAGUUGAAGACGAAGAGGACGUGAGCGAAGACAUCGAAGAGCUUUUGGAGGAUGAGAAUGCUCUUCAUUCGUUUUCUACAGAAAACAUACAUGAGCCUAAAGAAAAUCCUCAACCUGAUGGCGAUGAAUUGGUUGUUACCCAACAAAGCGAAAACAUCACAGAACAAGAAGAAAACAACGAGGUUCGUCUUCCUCCGGAAGAGCCCGAAUACAGCGACAGCGUACAGAGACUCACAAUUUUACGAGAUCACUUGAAGGACGAGGAAAUGGAGCGCAUGCAGAAGUAUUUCGGACUGAAGAACCUGUUUAAGAUCGAAGCCAUGUUUUCUGACCUAGAUCUGGAGAUGAAGUCUGCGAGAGAGCUGAAGACGGAUACGGAGGAAAUCGAGCAGACCCUAGACCAGAUCAUGGAGGCCUCAGAGAACUCCAUUCUUGAUGCGACGGAAGAAUUAUUUAAUGAAAGAGACCGGAAAGCUCAGGAACAUGGACAGGAGAAGGAGCCGGAAAUGUAUGAUGUUGAGGCUACAAUCUUAGACGCUUUUCAGGAGAUGGUUUUCUCUUUACGACAGAGAUAUUCAGCCGCCAGUGACAGCGUCCCGCUGAUCGAGGAAGAACAACCUGCAUCUGAAACAGAGGAGAAAGUUGACUCUGAAGAGGUGAAGGGUUUGGACAGUAACACCGAAAUGAUCGCUCCACCUGAAAGUCCUGAAAUGCAUGAGGAGCACAACGAAUCUGAACUGAUUCAGAAUUCUGAAUUGAAUACGGAUGAAGAUUUGUCCCACAGUAAAGACGCGGGUCUUGAGGAGGACGGAGGCCAUUUCAACAGAAAUAAAGAUGCACAAAUAGCGUUCGAGGACGCUGAGGAGAUUCAAAAGGGGCCUCAUGCUAUUUUGGAGAAACCGGUGGAUAUCGGCUUUCACUUUGAAAUGGAUCAAUCUUCAGGUUCACUGGAGUCUGAUUUCCAUGACACUGAAGCAAGCAGUGAUUCCUCCAGCUCCUCAACUUCAGAUGAACUUUGGGGUUUGCUGCUUCCCGUCAAAGAAUAUCUUGGGGUGUAUGGAGAAAUUCUGAUCACUGCUCUUCCAGAGGAAUGGCGACCGGGUCCCACUUUCCACGGAGUCCCCUGGGAGCCUGUGCUCGUCACAGCGGUUGUCGGGACCCUCACGAUACUGAUGUUCUUCUGGAGGACGGUGCUCGCUAUCAAAGGCAGAACCUAUCAAUUAACAGAAAAGCAGCUCAGAGACAAGAUCCAGCAGCUUCUCAGCGAGAAAUCUGAUGCUGUAAACAAGAUCACAGAAUUGAAUGACAAAAUAAAAGAACGUGAAGAGCAGCUGAAAAAAUCUGAGAAAUCACUGAGUUCCAGCCAACAAGAAAUGAAGGGGCUGAAGAAUCAUCAGCAGAAGCUCCAGAGUCAGUGGGAGGGGAUGUCUGGGAGUAUUUCACAGCUUAACCAAAAAAUUGUGGACACACAGGAAGAAAAUACAAAUCUUAAUGAAAAGAUUGCCAAAAUGCACCAGAGAAUCGAGAAAUACCAGAAAACAUUGAAGAACUACGACGAGGAGCGUGCAAAGGUUCAUGUCCUCAUGGAUGAAGCUAAACUCAGAGAAGAUGCUCUUAAGGCUCAGGUGAUGUCCUUUGAGAAGGAAAACGGCACUUUAAAAGAGCAGAAGAAAUCUCUCCUUCGUGAUGCUAAAGACUGGCAGGAGAAGCACAAGAAACUGAGUGAGGAGAUCAGAGUUUAUCACAAAUCCCAGAAAGAGCUGGAGGACUCGCUGCUGCACAAGGAAAAUGAGAUUGAUGUUUUGUCCAGCUGUAUUGCAGAGCUCAACCGUCUGGGAGCCGGUGAUUCUGCUGAACUACAGAUAGAAGAUGCUAAAAUGUCUAAUGGAGAAGAUGCUGAGAAGAAGAUGGACACCACGAGAGUGCGGAUCAAACAGAUGAUGGACGUCUCCAGGAUUAAAGCAACUCUCAGUAUUGUUGAAGACGAGAGAAAUCGCUACAUGGAAAAUCUCCUCGCCGAACAGAAAUCCAGACAGGAGCUGGAGGAGCAAUAUCAGAAGGUCAUGCACGACCAGAUGAAUCUGAACAAUGAGAAAACGCAUCUGGAGAACCAGUUCAAGAACCUGCAGCAGAGACUAGAAAUCACCACUGAACUCUACCAGCAGAAAGAAAACGCCCUGCAACAGAAAUUGACUCAGGAGGAGCUGGAGAGACGUGAGAAGGAGACGAAGCUGACGGAGGUGGACAGUAAAGCUCUGCGGUCGGAAGAGGAGCUGAGAGCGCUUAAACAGAAGAUCAAGGACAUCGAGGAGGAGAUGCAGCAGAACGAGCGCUCGCUGAAGUCUGAGGUGGCAGUCCAGGAAAAGAAAGCCCAUGAGAACUGGUUGAAAGCGCGCGCCUCAGAACGAGCUCUGGUGGAGGAAAGAAGAGAGUUGGCCAACCUUCGUCAGAAGCUUGUGGAGUACAGAGAUAAAAUCUCAGACAUGGAGCAAAGUCUGUUCAAACUCAACUCCGGACCCCCGGAUCGCCACAUGCCGCCACAGCGAAGAGGUGAUUCGUACGGGCCUUCUCCUGUGAGUGGGGGGGCUCCAUCUCCUCCUCUAAUGAUAGAGGGUCCCGGACGCCCCCCCUCUGCACCUGUAGGGCGACGGGGUGAACCGUUCGGUCCACGACCCCCAUCUGACCCUCACGGACGCUUCUCAGACCUUGGACACCCGCUGCCAUCCCGACCAGAAAUGUUUCCUCCGAUGACAUCAUCUCCAUGUGCACACGACGGGCCAAUGCAGACCGCUCCAGUCACAGAGACGGCCGAGGCCUCAGAGCAGGUCUCGUCUGAGCCCGUAGAGCCCCUCUCCAAGUCUCAGAGUCAGGGAUCCUUCCUUCCUUCUCCCAUCCGGGAUUCUCCAGUUCCGCCUCCCAAGUCUUACGGACCCCCAAUCAUGCCACCCAAUGGGCCGCCGCCAAUGAUGAUCCGACCGCCCAAUGGCCACCCUCCCAUGAUGCCCCCUGAGCCUCGCUUCAGACCGCCACACAUGGAUUCUUACGGCCCUCCUCCUCCGAUUGGCCCGUUUGGACAUGUACCACCCCCUUUUGCACGAGGCCCACCGCUGGGACCACUGCCUCCACCACCACUCGGACAGCGCGACAUCCCGCCCGAAUUUUUCGGACCUCGCGGGCUUCCCCCUCGUUCCUUCCCUCCCGGGCCUCUGCCGCCCCCUGGAGCAAUGAUUCCACCUCCAUACGCCGCACGCGGUUUCCCGGGACCCCCUCCGCUGAUGGCUCAGAGCUCCAGAGACGGUGACGGGAACGUCGCACCAGCUAACGUCCCGCCAACGGACGGCUCCCAUCAGAACGCGGGCGGCUCCACAAUGGCUGAGCCUUGAGAGAACAAGCCGUUUUGUUCACUUGACUUUGUUCGGUCCUGAUUCUUUUCGAUAUUUAAACAUCAAAAUGCCACAUCUGGUCUGGGUGGGAAGAUAAACUCAAGUUUGAUUUGUGCUUAAUUUUGUUUCAAUAACACAUUUGUGACAGAAAUUAUGAGGGUUUUGAUUUUAUACAUUAGCAAACCUUUCCUAUGGAAAUAGUUUGAUUUAAUAUACGUUUAAUUUUCUUUUUCCGGUGGUUGUCAUGUGGUUAAAAUAUAAUCUCUACCACUCGCCCAGUGCUGAUGCAUUUUGGGAUAUCAAAUAUUUAGGCAAGUGAGACAAACCCGUCGUGAAGCCAUUUCCUCAUGCCUUUAAUGUGAGAGGACUCUGAAUUUUUAUGCCUUUUCACCAUUUUUGAAUGCACAUUUUCCUGUUGGGUCGCUUUUAGUCAUGAUUCGCCAGCUCACCUCUUUGUUUUAACGUUGAUUUCGUCGUGCGUCUGCUCUUUUGAUUUCUUUUCCUAGCGGAAAGGUACAUAUGAUGUCAUAUUGACAAAGUAUUUAUACAUUUCUUUCAGCUGCGUAUACAAUAAAAUAUUCUCAUAAAUCAGACGUCCCUAUUGUAACACAUGAGCUCAAUGGAAACCUCUGAGUUUUCAUACAGCCAAAUGUAUUAAUCAGUGUUGGACUAUAAUGUUUGUUUAGAGACCAUCAUCUCACGGGAAUCGAAACACAAGCAGAAUGAAUUUGUGUGUAACAAAAGGACUGAAUUAUUCUUAUGUAAAUUGCUGCAUUGAAUUCACUGUGAACAUUUACAUAAGAAUGAUUUUAUGAAUGAUGUAAAAACAUUUCUCAUUCAGUUCACACAGGAUUGAUUUUACGAGCAACCGAUUCACUGAAUUGCAAUAAUUUACAUAAUGUUUUUAUGAACCAUUUACUUUCAUCUUGUUUAAUUCACCGAAUGGUUUUACACAUGAAGUGCACAGAAAAUCAUUCUGUCGUGUUUCUUGAACGAGGCCCGUGAAUGAUGUUCUCUGGGUUUUUGAUGCAAUGCUCUUGGAAACAAAAAUACUCCAGUCCUCAAAAUCCAUAACUUUUUUUCUUUUUUUGUGGCAUAUACUGUUUUGUUGAUAUUAGAGUAAAUUAUUUUAGUAAGUGUGUUGAGAGGAUGCAUCUUGUGCGCAGUAAGAGUGUCUGCAUCAUGUGUUGAAAUCUUAGAGAGAAACGGUUUUAAAAAAUAAGUGGCAUUGAUUUUGUGGGAAUGAAUGAUUUGAAUAAAGCUGCUUUUUCCUGUA